AAGCAUUGACAAGAUUGAGUGUGUUACCUCUGACGGUGACAUCCCGUCCUACAGCUCAGGCGAGAUGUUGACGUGUUACCCUGAAAGCGGACUUGUGUGCAGGAAUGCCGACAACUUCCCCGUACCAUGUUCUGACUACAAGAUUCGGUACCACUGUCAGUACCCUGGUGGACCAAUACCAGGUAAAAAUGGAAGAGCCACCCAAGUCCCAACCAGUCCCUGACCACAAAGAAUACACCAUCCAAUAUUCCAACAGUCUGUAAAGCCUCAAUGGGAAUGGAGAGCAAAGAAAUUCGUAAUGAAAUGAUCACUGCCUCGAGUUUCCGUGAUGCCAAUAGCAGCCCAGAGAAAACUUGUCUGAACACUAACGGAUUCUGGAUGCCAGCUACAGACACAAAGUCGGAAUACCUACAGAUUGACUUCCUACAGCAGGCAUACUUAACUGGUGUCACCACCCAGGGCCGUCCUGAUGCUACGACUUAUGUUACCUCAUACAAAGUUCAGUUCUCCACGGACGGAAAUAACUGGAAUACGUACAGAGAGGCAGGGGCAGAGAAUAUUGCUACUUUAUUAACUUCUCUCACAAAAAAUUAUGAAUUGUAUUUUAUUUUGAAAAUUUUCAGUGCAAACAUUGAUUCCUCCACACCAGUGACGUAUUACUUUACCAGUCCUCUUCAUGCCAGAUUCUUACGAAUCCUUCCACAGACAUGGCAAGGAAAAAUAGCGCUGAGGGUUGAAGUUUUCGGCUGUCCCGUGACCUAUCCCACAACCACCCCGCUACCCACUCCUAAGCCUACGACUGCAUUGACACAGGCCCUCAAACCUAGAGUCACUUUUACCAUAAAUUCAGUGCCAGACCGUAGGGGGCAUGUGGCCUAUGACCAGAGGGGACAUAUCGUCAGCUGUAACCUGUGGGAGGGUCUGACUUGUAACAACAUGGACCAGUUUGACCCCACAGGCUGUUUGGACUACAGAGUCCGACUCGGUUGUUUAAAACAGACUUCAGAGUGUGUUCCAAUGCCCAACACAAACCUAUAUAAAACAGUGGCACCCGUUUUGAACCCUCAUGUGGUUUCAUGCUUUGAGGGACUAGACACCUCCCAAUGUCCGAACUGUUCUGCUGGUCUCUACUGUGAUGGAAUGAGAUGUGUGAAGAAAGCCGACUGUACAUGUCAAUACAAUAACAAGAUUAUCAUGAAAUCGGACAUUGUCACAACAGAUAUGUGUGAGACUUGUCAGUGCUACAGUGGUGAACUAAGAUGUGUUCCUAAGAGCUGCCCACCUUGUUCUGCUGGUGAAACAAAAGUAGUCAACAUGACUAGCUGUAGCUGUUCGUGCAAGACAUGUGAUGCGGAUAUUAAUAAAGUUAUGAAGACUGUGCUAACAAUACCUCAGUCGUUUCCCCUGUCACAACACCAGCCCCUCAGCCCUGUGACUUGUGAUUCUGUCCACUGCCAAGCUCUGGUCAAACCUCCCAUGAUGCCAGGGGAGGUGGCUCGUAUUGUGAAGACUUCCGAUGGGUGCUGUGAUAAGUCUGAGUUGGUUUGUAAACCAGAAACCUGUUCGAUCCACCCCCUAACUUGUACCCCUCCUCAGCUUAUGAAGAAUAUCAACCCAGGGGAAUGCUGUCCAACAUUCCAGCGUGGUAUGUACCUAAAAUUCAAUUGGGACUUAUAG